UCUGAUCAAUACAAUUUUAAUACUGAGUUUAGUAAGAAAUUUAUUUAAAACAAAUCAAACUUCAGUAUCGUAGUAAAGACCAAGGUAAAUAGAAAUACGAAAAUAUUUUUAGAAAGAUGCAAUAUAGUAUUUACACUUUGAAUAAAAGAAAUGAUGAGGUACACCAUAUUUUAAAGAAGUGAGUAAACCGACCUAGAGGAUCUAGAUCUAGAUAAGUAAGAAGAGAGGCUAAGAACUUAAAAGUUAAGAAGGUAUCAGCAGUAAGAAGUAGUAAGAUGGUGUGCAAAAAUAUAAAGCAUGUUGAUGAAGACUCAAAAAAGGGCAAAAACAACAAAACUGACAAUGAAGUCCUAAAAUUUCUUCCAAAAAAAUCUGAAGACAAGUGGGAGAAUCUUUUAGGAUUUCAAAAAGAAAGUUUGUCUUCUUGGAAUGAUUUUGUAAAGCUUCUCUGCAGACCAUCUGAUCCCGCUUGUCUUGGCACUAUAAGGUUUCUUUUUGGAUUUCUGAUGAUUAUUGACACUUUACAAGAACGUGGUAUGAGUGUUGUUGACAAAGUAUGGGCAUCUAAAGAAAUCUGCAGAUUUCCAUUAUUCAGCUUCAUCCAGCCUCUACCAUUAGAAUGGAUGUGUGUUAUUUACAUCAUAAUGUUAUCUGGCGCAUUGGGAAUCAUGCUGGGCUUCUUCUUCAGAUACAGUUGUGCAAUGUACUUAAUAUCAUAUUGGUACAUUUUUUUUCUGGACAAAACUUCAUGGAAUAACCAUUCUUAUCUCUUUGGGAUUAUGGCUUUUCUUUUUGCUGUUUCGGAUGCAGAUAGAUACUGGUCGGUUGACGGUUUUCUAAAUCCGAAGAUACAUAAUGCACAUAUUCCUUUGUGGAACUACACACUUUUGCGAGCACAGAUAUUUUUAGUAUACUUUAUUGCUGGAUUGAAAAAACUUGACCCAGACUGGGUUUUUGGGUACUCAAUGGAUUCUCUUUCAAAGCACUGGAUUUUUUCUCCUUUCACAUAUUUGUUAUCUUAUUCACAAAUUGACAUGUAUGUUGUUCAUCUUGGAGGACUUCUAAUUGAUCUCUCCAUUGGCUUUCUGUUAUUUUUUAAUAAAACAAGAUUGUCAGGACUAUUUAUUGCAACAUCUUUUCACUUGAUGAAUGCCAAUUUAUUUCAAAUAGGAAUGUUUCCAUUUGCGAUGCUUUUUACUCAGUUUCUGUUUUGUUCAAUGGAUUGGCCCCGGAAAAUAUUUUUUUAUAUUCCUGAUAUGUUAAAGUUACUUUUACCAAAAGACAUAGAGAAAAAAACAAGUUGCCACUGUAUCUACAAUAAAGAAGUAUUAAAAUCUGAGGAUUCCAUGUCUACAGAAUCUGUUAUUUUCACUGAAGAGCUUCCCCCAGUACAACCCAAAUUACAACACAAAUUGUCAUCUGCAUUUACCUUGGCUUUCAUUUUUCUUCAAUGUUUCCUGCCAUAUUCUCAUGGCAUUACAAAGGGCUACAACAAUUGGACUAAUGGUCUCUAUGGCUAUUCGUGGGACAUGAUGAUACAUAGUUGGAGUGUCCAACACAUUCGAAUAACUUAUUAUGACAAAGACACAAGAGAUUCUGGUUAUUUGGAUCCCCUGGUCUGGACUGGUGGAAAUCGUAGAUGGUCAUAUCAUGCUGAUAUGAUAAAGCAGUAUGCUGAGUGUAUAUCAAAUAAUUUACAGUCGUAUGGGAUUAAUAAUGUAGAAAUACACUUUGAUAUUUGGUUGUCUUUAAAUUCUCGUUUUCAGCAAAGGAUGGUGAACCCACAUGUUGACAUUUUGACAGCAGACUGGAGCCCAUUUCAAACUCCAUCAUGGAUUAUGCCACUGUUGGCUGAUUUGUCUGAUUGGAGAGUAAGACUAGAGCUAAUAGAGAAGUCUCUGCAAAAAGAUAAUGAAAAUGCUGUUGAUGUUGUAUUUGUCGCUGAUUUUCCAGAUAUGUAUUUAGAGAAUUAUGUGCAACAAGAUUUUGAAAAUACCACUCUAACUGUCCUAGAUGGCAAUGUCCUCAUAGAAUUUCCUGAUCUUAAAAAAAACAUCACCCUAAAACGUGAUGAGUCCUUGCAGAUUCCACCAGAUACUUUUCACAAUGUCUACACUAUAUCUGGAUCUGCAUCCUGCUAUAUGUAUUUAUUUACCAAUACAACUGAAGCUAAAGUUAGGAAAAACUUUUUACAGUAUCAAAAAGAUAAUGAGAAUUCUUCAAUUGAAGAGACUUCAAAGAAGUAUAAAAAUGAUCCAUACAUUCAGCACUAUAAAGCUCUUAUGGCGGAGGUGAAAACUGAAAAAGAGAAAGAAAGGAAAACUUUUAUAGAAAACCUCAAGACCAUCCUAAUGCAUAAAUAUGCUAUGUUAAAAAGAGG